GUAGAAAUUAAUUCCGUCAGCGCCACAACUUCUAUCAAACCAAUAUCAAACCACCCAUCCGGCCUUCGCCAACAGGAUAAAGAUGGCCGCUAUGCGAAUGAAAUGCCCGCUUGCACACCCCUGCGUGUCUCCCCCCCUCCCCAUCCUCCUGAGUAGAAUCCCGAGCGGGGCGAUUUCGCGCCAAGCCACCCACCCCCUUUCCCUAGACGCGAUCGUGCCGCUGCUAUUUAGACCCCGUCGAGCGCCCACUCCAUUUCCUCUUUUUCUGUGGCCACCGACCUGUCCUGCACCAUCAACCACGUAGGACCAGCACGAACACCGAGAUGCGAUUCCACCUCGUCGUCGCUUUCGUUUGCACCUUCCUCUUCGCAUGCGCUGCAGCCUGGCCGUUCCCCAAGAGUGGCCCUGAGGCGCCCUCCAGUGUCUUCGUCGAGACGCGCUGGGUUUCCAAUGCUGAGCGCCUGCAGCGCGGAAUGCCGCUCUUGAAACCGACGAAGAGGCGUCCUGGUGCUCCCGUUGCACCCUGUGCAUCCAGCUCUCCGGACCGACGUGCGCAGAUCCAGAAGCGACUGGCCGAGGAGAGGGACGGCUUAUGAAAUGGGCCCUUCAUUCAGUGCCACGUUCUCUCAGGCAUUCGAUCGCUUUCCAUUCCACCCGCGGGGCCGAUUCAACUGUAUUCACUGACCAUUCAUACCAUACCAUACGAUCCCGUACCCUACCGCACCACCACAAUAACAUGCCCGAUCACCCCUUGGCACCAUAUUCUGUAUCGUAGCUAGCUGCCGAACACUUUUAGACUUGCACCCCAAAUUGGGCUACCUACGCAUCCAAAUUUCGGACCCUUAGACGACCCCCUAGAUUCACGAUGCUUGAUUGCAGACCAUCAUCAUCCACAAUACCAUGAUAUGCUGAUUAGACGAUACAAUACAUUCACGAUACUUGCUUGAGAGAUGUAUGGACGAGAGCAGAGGAGUCGGGAGAUGAUCGCUGGUCCGCAAGAUCUGACACGCGGCGAUUCAAGAUAUCAUGAUUCGCCAGACUGCAAGAUGGACCCGCUGUAAGGCCACCGCGCCUGAUAUGCUGGUUAUGUUGUCGUCUGGCC